GGACUGUGGUCGAGGGGCAGGCGCCAACCCGGUUACAGGAAUGUUCCUGGUCAUCUGAAUCUCAACCAUGUUGUCAAACUGCUUACAGAAUUUCCUAAAAAUUACAAGCACUCAUCUAUAUUCAAGAUUAUGCCAGCAAUUAAUAAGAAAUAAAAGAUUUUUUGGAACUGGGCCGAUAUCCAGAUUGCAUAGGCGGGUUGUCAUUACAGGCAUUGGCCUCGUGACUCCUCUUGGUGUCGGAACUCAGCUGGUGUGGGAUGGUCUUCUUCGAGGAGAAAGUGGAAUUGUUUCACUGCUUGGUGAAGAGUAUAAGAGUAUCCCUUGCAGUGUUGCUGCUUUUGUGCCAAGAGGUCUUGCUGAAGGUCAGUUCAGUGAAGAAAAUUUUGUGUCCAAAUCAGAUAUCAAGACAAUGUCUUCUCCCACCAUCAUGGCCAUAGGGGCAGCAGAGUUAGCUCUGAAAGAUUCCGGCUGGCAUCCUCAGUCAGAAGCUGAUCAAGUAGCUACUGGUGUUGCAAUUGGUAUGGGCAUGGUUCCUCUUGAAGUUGUUUCUGAAAUUGCUUUGAUGUUUCAGACAAAAGGUUAUAAUAAAGUCAGCCCUUUCUUUGUCCCUAAGAUUCUGAUCAAUAUGGCAGCAGGCCAAGUCAGCAUUCGAUAUAAACUCAAGGGCCCUAAUCAUGCAGUAUCCACAGCCUGUACCACAGGAGCUCAUGCUGUGGGAGACUCUUUUAAAUUUAUAGCCCAUGGUGAUGCUGAUGUGAUGGUGGCUGGAGGAACAGAUUCUUGUAUUAGUCCUUUAUCUCUUGCUGGAUUUUGCAGAGCCCGUGCUCUGAGCACAAACUCAGAUCCUAAGUUGGCAUGUCGACCAUUUCAUCCAAAAAGAGAUGGUUUUGUAAUGGGAGAAGGUGCUGCUGUGCUAGUGCUGGAAGAAUAUGAACAUGCUGUUCAAAGAAGGGCCCGUAUCUAUGCAGAAGUUUUGGGUUAUGGACUCUCAGGGGAUGCUGGUCACAUAACUGCCCCUGAUCCUGAAGGAGAAGGUGCCUUAAGAUGCAUGUCUGCUGCCGUAAGAGACGCAGGUGUACAACCUGAAGAGAUAUCUUAUGUCAAUGCACAUGCUACUUCCACGCCGUUGGGUGAUGCUGCUGAAAACAAAGCUAUCAAGAGUCUCUUUAAAGAUCACGCUUAUGCUCUUGCAGUUUCCUCAACAAAGGGAGCCACAGGACAUCUGCUGGGGGCUGCGGGGGCUGUUGAGGCAGCUUUUACUGCACUAGCUUGUUAUCACCGGAAACUACCACCAACUUUAAAUCUGGAUUGUACAGAACCAGAAUUUGAUCUCAAUUAUGUUCCACUAAAGGCACAGGAGUGGAAAACUGAGAAAAGAUGUAUUGGACUCACAAAUUCCUUUGGUUUUGGAGGCACUAACGCAACACUUUGUAUUGCUGGCAUGUAGACAAGUCAUUUCUAAUUAAACAUUGGCUUUUAAAUGC